AUGGGCGACCUAGAAAAGGAAAUGAUCUCCGAAGCGUUCGACGACGCGGCGCGCUGCGUGGAGCUCCUCGCCUCUUCCGGUCGCCUGCCGGACGACGAUCUUCUCAGACUAUACGCGUGUUACAAACAGGCAACCUGCGGCGAAUGCCGCGGGCAGAGACCGGGACUGUUCAGCCUCUCCGCACGGCGCAAAUUCGACGCAUGGAAAUCUCUGGGCGAGAUGACGGAACUCGAGGCGAAGCGGCGCUAUGUGGAGAUUCUCACCGAGCUGCAGCCCAACUGGAUGUCUGGAGGGGACGCCGAAACCGCCGGCCAGCCGCGGGGACUUGGUAUCGCCGUCUCCACUCCAGUCCGUGCAGAGGAAGAUGGCGCCACGGUCGGCGACGACGCGUCCCCUCUGGAUUUGGUAAAGGCGGGGAGGUGUGAUCUACUAGCCCAGCGGGCCACAUUUGACUGCGAGUCGGCUGACGGAGAGGGUCUGCGUCUUCUUCACUGGGCUGCCGAUCGCGGUCAUGUCGACAUAGUUCGUCUGCUGCUCACCAGAGGCGCCACUGUCGACUGCCGUGACGCGGAUGGGCAGACGCCGCUCCACUACGCGGCUAGCUGCGGGCACACAGAAGUCGCGAGGGUGCUCCUGGAGGCGGGCGCGGACCCGAAGGUCACUGACACGGACGGAGUGACGCCGGCGGAGGGGGCGGAGGGAGAGGUCAGGUCACUGCUGGACCAGGCGGGCAAAACUUGA